UGGAGAAGCUCACCACCUGCCAUGAAUGUUCUUCACUCUGCUCCAUCGGCCAUCGCGUCUUCUUCUUAUAUAUAAGAGCUCUAGCCACGACUACCUCCUUCACAAAUCACAACUCGAUCGGUUCUUCCGCUCUCGGCCACCUGCAAGCAACAGCGAUCAGGCCGAUCAGGGUAGCCACCCGGUCAGCAGCUAGUCCUGCCGGCCGCGAACUCGCAGCUGUACGUUUUGCCCUGUCGUCCGUCCCCUCUUCGCCUCUGCUCUGCAGCUGCGCGUAUACCUGUCUGUUGGCAUUCAGCAGCGCGACAUGAAGCAAAAGAUCGUGAUCAAGGUCAGCAUGUCGUCAGAGAAGAGCCGGUCCAAGGCCAUGGCACUUGUCGCCAGAGCCGACGGGGUCAGCUCGAUGGGGAUCGUCGGCGACGGCAAGGACCGGCUGGAGGUGGUCGGCGUGGACGUCGACACCGUCUGCCUGGUCACGUGCCUGCGCAAGAAGCUCGGCCACGCUGACAUCCUGCUGGUGGAUGAAGUCAAGGACAAGAAGGCGGAGGAGAAGAAGCAGCCGGAGAAACCCAAGGUCGUGGAACUGCCGCCGUAUUACUGCCCCUGUUAUUACGGUUACUACUGCCACUACCACCACCACUGACCGCCGGCGGCGGCCCCGUGGUGCUGAGUGUGUGUGUGUAGUUUGUUUUUAUUUGGAAGAUUGCCAGUUUUUUUUUCAUUAGUUCUAUACGUAUUUGAUUGAUACUGUUCUCCUGUUUAUAUAAGAGGAAAGUUAUAAACAAACAAUUUUGGUACUGUCCAUU